AGGCGCGGGGCGGGGGCUGCCCCUGAGGCGAGCCCGGCGCAGGGACACGGCGGGCGGAGGCCGAUUUGCGUUCGCCCGUGGCCGUGGGCGGGCUCGCCCGGUGACUCGGCGGAUCCGGAGUGGGCCUGCGGGGAGGGCGAGCCGCGCCGGGGAAGGGCGAGCGGGGAAACGCCGGUUUGCGGCUCUCGGAGGCCGUCCCCGGGAGGGAGGGAAGUAGAUGCUUCAGAGAUGUCCAGCAAGUCGAAGAGCCGUCCUGCUGAAAAUGGAGAGCAUGCCAGGAGUAAAAUGGAAAAUGGAACAGACAGUAUGGCAGCCCCCGUCCUUAGUACCUACACCCCAGAAGAGAUGGUACAACAGAUGAAAGAACUGAUCACUGAGAACAAUGAGUUAAAAGAAGCCAUGAAGGUUCAUAACCAAGCCAUGAAGGACAGAUAUGAGGAGCUUUCUGCCUGGAGGGAGAAGCAGAAAGAAGAACGAGAAUUUUAUGAAUUAAAGUUCAAGGAAGCUAAGCAGUGCUUGGAAGCCAAGUGUAUUGAAAAUGAACAGCUACAGCAACAACUUCAGAGCUUAAAGGAAAGAGAAGAAGUGGCUGAAAUGAAUUUGUUAUCCCAGGAGGCUCCUGAGAAGGCAGUGAGGCAGCUGAAAUCCCAGGUGCAGAGGCUCCAGGCUGAGAAAGCAGAUCUGCUAGCCAUCAUUUCAGAACUGCAAGUCAAGCUGAACAUCUCCUCAGCAGAUGAUUCAUUUGUGGAGAUUGGGAUGAAUGAAGGAGAAAUAAAUAGAACUGCAAAGGAACAUCAAGAGAGUAGUGGUGAAAUGCCCAGUAACAUUGCUUUCUACAUCAGGAGCAAAUCUGUAGAUGGAUCAAAGAAUUUGGAGUCUGAGGAUCUGACUGUGAGCCACUUGCUGUGCUGCCUUAGAAAUGAAACACAGAAGAGGGAAAAGCUUGAGAAGGAGCUUCAGGAUACCAAAGAGAGACUGAUAGAGCUGGAGAAGGAGACCAGCAAUUGCCUGGAGACUGGGACACAAACUGAGCAGGAGAAAGAGGAGAGUUCAGAGGCUGUUGGCAGUGAAGUAGAAACCCUGAAUUUGCAAGUUUGUGCUCUGUUUAAAGAGCUUCAGGAAGCUCACGAGAAGUUAAAAGAAGCAGAGUUGAUUCAGAAGAAGCUUCAAGAAAAGUGCCAAGGGCUGGAAAGAAAAAGCUCAGCAGCAGCAGACUUGGAGGAGAUGCAGCAGCUAAUGUACACUGUCAAGAAACUGGAACUUCAGUUGGAGAGCAUGCAGACAGAGGUCAAGCUGGAACAAGCCAAGACACAUGAAGAAAAGACAAGAUAUAGUGCCUUGCAGGAUGCAUACAGCAAACUCCUUUCUGAACUCACUGAGGCAAAGAGAACAGUUGAUGAAAUGAAACUCAAAGAGCUGAAUAGAGUGGAUAAAGUUGUGGUGGAACAACUGAAUGCAAAGGUGGAGUUGGCAGAACAAGCCCUUGCUGCAAAGCAGCUCCAAAUAGAUGAAAUGAAGCAGAUAAUUGCUAAGCAAGAGGAGGACCUUGAAACCAUGGCUGUGCUCCGUGCUCAGAUGGAGGUUUAUUGUUCUGAUUUCCAUGCUGAGAGGGCAGCAAGGGAGAAGAUCCACGAGGAGAAGGAGCAGUUGGCUGUCCAGCUGGCAUACCUGCUGAAAGAGCAACAAAACCUUGAAGAUCUUGGCCGAAACUCUUUGGCAGAGAUGCAGAAUCGCCACGGGGCCAGGGCACCAGACCAGGAACAUUCUCCUCACCUUGUCCAAAGAGGCACUGGUAGUCAUGACUGGCCAGAACAGAGGAAUAUCUCAAUGUAUUCAUGUCCCAAAUGUCAAGAAAUUCUACCUGAUUUGGACACACUGCAGAUUCAUGUUAUGGACUGCAUUAAGUGAGUGAUGCUCUCCAAUUCUUCAUCUUCUGGAGUUUCACCAACUAAAACACAACAACCUUUUUUCUUCCUGUUUGAAUAAUGCUCAACUCUACAUCACAAGGAGGAGGUUUUCAGGGGUUUUUUCAUUAAUCCGAUGGGGAAGGGGUAAAACUCCUACCUUGCCUAAUCACAAAUCUUGUUUUAAUCUACUUUAGAAAAAUAAUUUUCAUAGGGUAACAACAUGGGUGAACUCCCAGUGUGUCUGCUGCUAUAAAAUCUCUAAGGAACAUUCCCCUGAUGUGCUCUGCUUUUGUGGCCAUCUCACAGGGUGGGGCUGAAUCACUAAAGUCAGAAGGGAGAUGUACUGACCAGUUAAAGUACUAUGAUCCUGUAAAUACUUCAUCUCUCAUAUACUAUAUAUCAGGAAACAUACAUUUUAAAAAGCUGCUUGAGAAGCAAAAUGGAGUAGUGCUUUAUUCAUCAAGCAUUUGAAAUGAACCCCAGUUUCACCAAAUGGCAGUUUUAUUGCUGUCCUUGUGGCAGUACUAAACUGAUGUUAAUUUUUUUGGUUGUUAAUAUAUCUUCUUGCUUUAGCCAGAUGUGGGUAAGGUUCAAAACAGAUCAUUUAGAUCUGAUAUAUGUAGCUUCUGGUGUACCUAAGUCACUUGGUUUUUAUAGGACUGUUAAUUUUUAAGGUGUUGUGUUGAUUCUACUUUAUUAUAAUAAAUUCUUUUGAACCUGUACAGUAUUGUGCUAGAAAGAGACAAGAUAGAUGUAACCUAAUUUAAAAAAUAUAAUGGAUUUUCACGUCUCAAAAUAAAUAUAUUGCAAGGAUAAAGUUAUCUCUGCCUGUGGAUAUUUGGAGUCUGAAACACGAUUGCAAAUACCUAUGGCUGAAAAGCUCAUGUAGAUAGAACUGUUGUGUAUUAGAUCUGUUCCUGUCCUUACUGGUGUUUUUAUUAUCCAAACAAAAACCAGUUCUUGACAUUUUAUAUGAAAGGGAAACAUACAGCCCUUAAAAAAAAAAUGAAGCAGCAUGAGUGGCAGGAAACAACUCAACCAAAUUGAUGGGAUCCAUGCAAAUGAAUUGAAUGUCUUUUGCAAAUAGCUGACAGUUGCACUAUAGGAAACUGAGAGGGAAGAGAAAUGAAAUUGAUGCAUAAAAACCUGUGAGCAGCUACAGUGGUGUCUCCUUAUGGCAUCAUCUUCCUGAUGAAGAAAAGAAAAUGUUGGUGUCUUCUGCCCAAGUUGGAAGGUGUUAACUGCCCAGUUGGAAGCCUCCAGGUGAUUUUGGACUGAUCUGUCAACUUUGAUACAGGGAGAGGUUUUUGUUUUUUUCCCUCCACUGUUCAAAAUGGAAAUUCUGGAAGCAAAUACUCCAGGACUCACUACAACCCAGGAGUUAAAUCUGAUCCAUCAUGCUCCAUGGUAGGUUUGUUAGGUUCACUGAGGAGCGCCAAUAAGAUUUGUUUGUGCCCAGCCCACUUUACUCUGACUGCCAGAAUUAUGAGCUGAGUGUUCAGAAGGAUGUGGGUGGGAUGGUCACAUAACUGGCAUAUUAAAGUGUUUUCAGUAGCA